AUGGCGCGCUCCGCGGUGCUCGCGGCGUCCGUCCUGCUCGCCUGCGGCGCUCUUCGGGCCGCCUUCGUGCCGGCGCCCCUCGCGUCCAGGCCGGCAGUGCAGGCGCCAGGCGCAGCCCUGGGAGCCGCGGCGCUGGUCGCUCCGACUGCCGCCCUCGCCGAGGGCGAGGGCGUGUGGAUCCCGGCGCUCAGCGCGGUGGGCGCGGGCUUCGCCAUCGGCCUGGCGGCGAUCGGCAGCGGCGUCGGCCAGGGCAUCGCCUCCGGCCGCUGCAUCGACGGCAUCAGCCGCCAGCCCGAGGUGGCGGACGACCUGCGCGGCGUGCUGCUGCUGUCCCUGGCGUUCAUGGAGUCCCUGACCAUCUACGGGCUGGUCAUCGCGCUGGUGCUGCUGUUCGCCAACCCGCUGAUCAAGUGA